CACACAACAUACAGUAUGCCUAUGUCUACACCACGGCAGUCUGGAGAAAGAUACCAGGUGAUCUGGACUUAUAUCCUUUUUUAGACUUAAAUCCUGUUUUGUUGUUUUAGAUAUAUUUUUUAAAACUUUUUGUAAUUCAAACAGUAAGGACAUCAGAGGGGGAGACAGGCAAGUGGGAGAUAGAUGGACACAGGGAUUGAUCCAUGGUCUCUGGUGGGGAGAUGUAUAUAUGACUUAUGCAAGGGGGUUUUUACCACCGUAUGGGUCUGAACAACUUGUCUCCUGUUUGAUUCACACACUACGAUUGGAGUGUUUGUCAGUGUAACAGUAAAGUAAAGUCUGGUAAGCUGAGACAUUGCGUCAAUUGUAUUUGUUAUUCAAUAUAUUGAUAUUAUUGAACUACACUCAGGAUGAAUGAAGUUUGCUGUAUAGACUACUCAAUGUACACUGCAGCCACAGGUAACAAUGUUUUUCCAUGGGAAUGCCUAUGGGAUAUAACACUUUGAAGAGGAAUACCGUGGCAAUAAUGCAAAGAGCUUUGGUCAUCGAUGGCAAAUCUAAGAAUGAAGGAUUUAUGAGACAUCAAUAAGAGAUUGAUAGUUUCACCUGAUAGACAAAUAUAUCUACAAAUAUUUCAAUGUACUAUUAGGAAAAUGGAAAACUCAACACAAUUCACGUCAUUUAUGCUAGCUGGAUAUAGUGACAGUGGACACUUAAAGUACUUCUAUUUGAUUAUAUUAACUGUGUUAUACAUCUCCAUAGUCUUUGCGAACAUUGUGCUUAUCAUGGUUAUAUGUAUGGAGAGGAGCCUUCAUGAACCCAUGUAUCUGUUUCUGUGCAGUUUGUUUGUGAAUGAGUUGUAUGGUAGCACUGCUUUGUUUCCUGCUCUUAUGAUUAAUUUGGUUUCAGAUGCGCAUUCAGUUUCCACUGUGUACUGUUACCUCCAGAUGUUUAGUAUAUACACAUAUGGAUCUAUUGAAUUCAGCAAUUUAGCAGUCAUGUCCUAUGACAGGUACCUUGCUAUAUGUUAUCCACUACAGUAUAAUGUCGUCAUGACACCCAACAGGGUGUGUAUUUUAGUUUGUGUAAUAUGGUUGUACUCUUUUGUAAAAUUCAUCAUAACACUGUCUUUAACUAUUCGUUUGAAAUUGUGUGGGAACGUUAUAGACAAAGUGUACUGUGACAACUACCUGCUGGUGAAACUUGCUUGUUCAACUUCAGACGCAACAGUUAAUAACAUCUAUGGACUCUACGGUGUUGUUUUGUCUGUUGUUGUCCCUUUAAUUACUAUUUUGUUUUCUUAUAUUAAGAUUCUGACAAUUUGUUUGAAAUCUUCCAUUGAGACCAGACAGAAAGCUUUCAGCACCUGUACUCCUCACCUGGCCUCGCUGCUCAACUUCUCUUUCGGCUGUUUCUUAAAUCUGCUCCAGAGUAGAUUUGAUAGCCCUAUGAGAAAUGUUCCAACUGUACUUCACACUAUUUUAUCAGUGUACUUUCUGAUGUGCCAGCCACUUUUUAAUCCUGUUGUGUAUGGAGUUAGGAUGACUAAAAUCAGACAGGCUUGUAAAUACAUACUACCUGUAGGUCUGUACCUUAAAACAUAAGCUAAACAGUAGUGUGACCUUUUCUGUCCUGAUUGUUAGAUUUUUGUGAGGUUGACUUGUGUGUUUUGUUACUUAUAGUUACCAUAAUGAAUGGAGGUGAGGAUGGUGAAAAUCAGACAUGUAAAACAUUUGCUAAUUUGUGAAAUAUUGUCAUUUACCUUUUAUUCACUUUAUAAAUAAAUGGAAUCGGACUCGUCUGCCUGUCAGGCCUACUGUCCCCCUAUGAACCUCCAUUAAGUUAAAGCCACGCCAAACAGCUCCAUACCACCAGGACCUGGAUACCCACAACAGAGGACAGUUUCUUUUGCUCCCAAGCACCAUGCCUUUGGGACUCCCUUCCUGACAAUCGCAAGGCUGCUCAGACUGUUGGGGCCUUCAAAGUAGGCCUUAUGACUCAUCUCCACGAGCCUUCCCUUCCUUCUAGAAUCUCAAAGUGCAUCAAAUAAAAG